GAUUGGCCCUCGUGUUUUCCAAACCGGAAAUGGCAUCCGUUCGGAAUUGACAGCACUCCCGAAGAUGGCGGGGGUGUUUGAGGUGGAGGUUGAUGGUGUAGAACACGAUCAUGGACUCGGACAUCACGAUGAGCCAAAUCAGGUCGACUUGUCCCAUCUGUCACCGGAGGAGAAGUGGAGGUUGGAGCAUGCCAGGAUGCAUGCAAAACACAAGGGUCAUGAGGCCAUGCACGCUGAGAUGGUGCUGAUCCUCAUUGUCACCCUGGUCAUCGCCCAGCUGGUCCUUGUGCAAUGGAAACAGAGGCACCCCAAGUCCUACAAUCUGGUGACUCUGUUCCAGAUGUGGGUGGUUCCUCUGUACUUCACCACCAAGCUUCACUGGUGGAGGUUCCUUGUCACGUGGUUCAUCUUCUCUGUGGUCACUGCAUACGUUACCUACCGGGCCACACGUAAGCCACUGGAGUGCACUACGCCUAGGCUGGUCUACAAAUGGUUCCUCCUCCUCUACAAGAUCAGCUAUGCCACAGGGAUAGUGGGCUACUCUGUCGUCAUGUUUACACUGUUUGGCAUCAACUUGAUAUUUAGAAUAAAACCGGAGGACGCAAUGGAUUUUGGUGUGUCCUUGCUGUUCUAUGGUCUGUACUAUGGUGUCCUGGGUAGGGACUUUGCUGAAAUGUGUGCAGACGUCAUGGCAUCGACAGUGGGGUACUACAGUGCGUCUGGAAUGCCCACCAAGCACCUCUCUGACAGUAUCUGCGCUGUGUGUGGCCAGCCCAUUCUGGUCGACGUCAGCGAGGAGGGAAUCAUCGAGAACACCUACAGACUAUCCUGCAACCAUGUAUUCCAUGAGUUCUGCAUACGAGGAUGGUGCAUCGUGGGAAAGAAGCAGACAUGCCCGUACUGUAAAGAGAAGGUGGACCUGAAGAGAAUGUUCAGUAACCCCUGGGAGAAGCCACAUGUCAUGUAUGGACAACUCCUGGACUGGCUCCGCUACCUUGUUGCUUGGCAACCCGUAAUCAUUGGACUUGUGCAAGGCAUCAACUAUAUCCUGGGCCUAGAGUGAUCUGGGAAAGUGGAGGAGAGGGACACACAAGCCGUAUGGAGAAGAUACUGCACUGGUCUGACUGAGGGAGACUUGGAGGCCUCACCAUGGACUCUACAAACAUCUAUUAUAAACUGUGUCUAUACCUGUACUAUUUGUAUAGAUUUAUAGGCACAUAGUAUCUGUAUUUAAGAUUUAUUUGAAUUUUACAAGUAAUCUGGGUUUAGAUGUCGGUUUCAUUUUUGUUUAGUCAGUCGCAACUAAACCAAAUGCAGUGUACAUUUCUUAGCUUAGUAAAAUGGUUUUUUCAUGGAGAUGCUUUUUCCCAAAAUAAUUUGUCUUAACUUUUCUUGUUGAUAUUUGUUGGAUUCUAUGGCAAUGAGUAGUUAACACUGCUCAGAUGAAUGAGUGGAGCAUUGCAGAGUGACAGUCGUUUUGUGUGUUAAAUCUGCGCCUUUUGUUAGUGAAGGUCCUGGUUGAAUGUGGCUGCUGCAGGGAGAGUUUCCGGUUCCUCAGGAGCACUAGUCUCAGACAGUGUAUCCUAUCCUACUACAGUCAUAUUAUUAAGAAGGGCACUGCUUUCUCCAAUAUACCCUCCUCACGCCUCCCUCAGAUGGCCUCUCCUGUCUGUAUUCAGCCCAGAUGGCUCUCCAGGAACAGAUACUGGUAAAGACAGUGUUUGCAAGAAGGUGAAUAACAUUUGAUCAUUUUGGUUGGGUUUACUUUCUUGUCAUGUUUCUGUUCUGUUAAUAAACGUGACACAGUCAAGAUCAGGUAUAGACAUUUACUUAAUUUAGACCCGAUUUACUAGAAUAGCCCAUGACCUGGGGGAUUUUGUAUAUACCUUCUUGUAUGUCUAUUUCUGGGAAAGAAACUUACCAGACCGAAACCACUGGAUCAGGAUUGGGGGUCGCCCACUGAAAUAUUGUGUUGUCAGUUCUGUGAGAAAAUACAGCAUGUUAAAAAAACAUUUGUCUGUAUUCAACCACAGUAUUUCACAUUUGUUAAAUGAUUCAUGUUCAUGUGUUAAAUGAAUCACACUUCAUAUUAUGCUUAUGACUUAGGACGCAUGAUGAACAUGACUUGAUUGUGUCAAAAGCCACCCUAUUCAGUCUGCCAUAAAUGAGCAUAAUAACUUGCGCACAGGGAAUUCCCUGUGUGUGUGCCAGAGUGCAUGUUUAUUUAGGGUGGGUGGUUGAGGAAGUGAUUGUGUGUGUAUAUAUAGUAAGUACAUGAGGUAGUGUUGUUAGAACCAGCAUUUGUUGACCAUCUCACAGCAGUCAGACAGAAGCCCAGUAUGAAGUUAACAAUUUCUCUCACAGCUUUCAUGGGAUUUUUCUGGGUCCUGCCCUCAGAGGUCUCUACAGAUAAUACACAGGUGCCAUCUCCCAGAAUUAUCCAGCCCAUAAGGUCCAGAAUAGGAGCUGUUCUAGGAAAGCGGUUGGUUAUUGAAUGUACGGCAGACCCAGGCCUUCCUGAUGAAUUUGCCCUUGUCUACUGGCUGGUCAACGGCACAUUCCCAAAUGUAGCCUCCACUGAUGGCAGAGUGUCAGAAACAGAAGAGUCAGUUUUAGAGGACGGCAGGGUGAUCCAGAGGAGUCUGGUGUUUAAGAGCGUGACUGCAGAGGACUUCAGGUCCACCUUUACCUGUGUGAUAAACAGCCCAGCUGGGCUUGACCAAAGGACUUUCACACUGGCCAAUCACAAGGCUCUAUUUCCCCCUCCUUCACCCACUCCCAAAACCGAGGAGAGAACAAUGAGAAAAGACACAGGAAAAGGGAUCACAGGAAAAAGGAUCACAGCAAAACACACUAGCAAGAAAUGAGAAGACGGAUGGACUUAGUCCACUCAUGUAUCAUCCAUAGUUAAGUGAAAAAGACAAUGAACACUUAUUGACAACAAUCCCUUCUAUUGCUGUAUCUCGUGGCAAUAGUCAAGUAUGGAUUAUAAUGCAAUAAUCUAGAGGAUUAAAAAAAACUGACUAAGAAAAGAUGGAUGAAAAAGAAUAUUCAAAUUGUGACCAUACACAUUUAUUUAAUGAACUGACUCUCAGAACUAUGUAACCUAGGUUAAAGACAAUUUAGUUCAAGGGAACUUCUCUUCAUCUACUGUUAUUCUUUCACAUCUCUGUUAGAAAUGGAUUAAGUUUUGUUUUAUAACAAAGCAACACCAUACAUGUCCUGGAAGUAGGCAGCCAUUGCAAAUAAGAUUGCAUCAUGUCAUUUGUGUAAACCUUGUAAACACAUCCCAAUCAUUGAUAAGUGUGUUUACAUUAGCUCACUAUUUAUGUAAAGCAUCAUAAUGACAAUGUUAUAUUUUGUGUAUAGUCAAUACAUGUGUAAUGGCCUAUAAAUAUACAUUUCAAUGGCUUAA